CAGGGCCUACUCAUCACUCAACGUUCGGUCACGUAGGGUUCACAUCUCUUGGUCAUUAUGAGCUCCGACAUCCCCAUCAUCUCGCUAGAUGAUCCGCAACAGGGGCAGAAGCUGGCCGACGCCUUUGCGCGCUUCGGGUGUUGCUAUCUUACGGGUCACGGCAUCUCCGACGUGCUGUCGCAGCAGAUGAUGCAAAGCGCCGAGUCGUUCUGCGCUCUACCCAACGAGAUCAAAGCUGCGAUCCCAGUGGUGCAGAACGGCAAGGGGUUCACGCGCGGAUACAUUGGCGUAGGAAAGGAGAGCGGCAGUGCCGAGCGUGUGGAGGUCAAGGAGGCCUUCUCGUACGGCUACGAGUGGCCCAAGGACAAGACGGAGCCGUUCGCCAACGGACUUCAGGGCCCCAACGUCUGGCCCAAGGCCGAGGACUGGCCCGUGGCCAACCGUGAAGUACUCAACGAGUUCUUUAAGAAGAUGACGGCGGCGUCGCGUGCCGUGGCCCGAAACCUGUCGGAAAGUCUGUACGGGUCUGCAGAUUUCCUCGACGACUACUGUCAUCAAGGUGAGACCAUCUCGCUCAUGCGCAUGUUCCACUACUUCCCGUACGAACGGUACGCGGGCUUGACGGGUGGUACACGCGCCCUACCGGAGAAUUUUCAGGAAUUCAUCGGCUCCAGUCCGCACACGGACUGGGGCUUCCUCACGCUCAUCAUGCAAGACCCUGUGGGUGGCUUGCAGGUCUUUCAUGACGAGAAGUGGGUGGACGUGCCCUACGUCCCCGGCACGCUCGUAGCCAAUGCUGGAGACUACCUGUCGCUCGUCACGGGUGGCAAGUGUCUGUCGCCCGUGCACCGAGUCGUGGCUGACAAGCGCGAACGCUACUCGCUCGUGUUCUUCUACUACCCUGACUUCGACGCUGUUAUCCCGUCAGUUGAUGACGUUAAAGAGCUGCGCAUUGGAGGCGAUGCGAGAAGUGCGAAUGGCAGCAAACCGUUCAAUAACUUGUUGGAUGGAACGGUGCGCAAGAGUGACGGGUGCUUUGGCGAGUACAUCAUGGACAAAUGGGCGGGAGUGCAGCGCUGACUUCUAAGAAGGUCGCGUCUAUCAGUGUUAUCAUCGCAUGAGGCUUUGAGAUUCGUUUCCGCUUACACAAGCCAUCUUAGGGGCACACUUGUUUUGAUUUCAACCAUGCUCGCACUUUUUGUACUGUCAAUAAACAACUCCGUACUUACAAGCAACAACUCGCCGUGUCAGAUAACAUAUCCAACAUAAGAAGACUAUGCCGACGGCAAUGAAGAAUGGUGCAUCAGCGAAAAACUAGGAUGGCACUGGAAAGGUCUCACCAGACCCAUAGAAUGCUUUUAACAUCGCCUCCUCCUUUCCAGAGUUUCCAGCUCUUGUCUCGUCCAACUUGACCCUCAAACAAUGGACGGUUGCAAGGGAAGUACUUGCCAGGAAUUUCGUAGAUGGUAAAGAGGAAUCCGAAAAUGGUUUCCAAAAAGCUUUCGUCAGAAUCCAAAAUUGAAAACGGAAAAAUGAUGCAGAUUCUGAAAGGUGUCAAGAUCUAGGAAAGCCUAGUCACGCAACCGACAGGCAAAAAGAUAUCCUUUCAGCC